CGUUAUAAUUUGUUGACUGAACAAGAAGAUGAUGCAAUCAAGAAUGUGCGAUCUAUCGUCUCAGCAUAAUUUUCACUUUCAGACCGACGUUUCUCAAUGCUCAACACAAUUUGUUACGCUCAACACAAUUUGUUACACUCAAUCAAUGAGUUGGAUACACAUAGGUGCAAUAGAUUAAGGUACACAACCAACUGUGAGAAUACAUAAUACAUUAACCUCGUCAUCUCUGUUCAAUGGGGAAGUCCAACUAUAUGACAUCACGACGCCUAUAAAACGUUUCUGCCCGGCAUUGAACUGAAAACAAUUAGAACACUUACAAAGUAGUACACGUCCACAGUCAAACAGAAAUAGCCGACGCGUUUCAGCAUUAAAGAUGCAAAGCUGCAAACCUCAGUUCGGUGACUGGCUGAUAGAACAGGUGCGGACCGAGCAAUACACCGGUUUGUUCUUUAUUGACAACAAUAAGUUCAGAGUCCCGUGGAAACACAAUUCUAGGAAGGAUUGCUCCGAGGACGACCUUAAAAUAUUCAGGGAAUGGGCAGUGGUUAGCGGGAAAAUCAAUGAGCAUCGCAAUGACAAGGCAAAGUGGAAGACCAACUUCCGCUCUGCACUGAACAGCCUGUGCAGGCGUUUCAAGAUGGUGGAAGACCACUCCAAGGACUCAAACGACCCCCAUAAAGUCUACCUGGUCAUCAAUGAGUAUAACUAUGAGAGCCCGCUCAUAGAAGAAAUCACUCUGGAGAACUAUGGCAUUGACUGUGCUCUCACCCCUACAGAAAACACUCCCCCAGGCAUGGAGCAUGAUAUACUGAACUUUAGCAACCUAACCUUGAACCCCCUAGACCUGAUCCAACACACAGAGAACUCUAUACCGGUACACAAACACUACCCAGUGCCACCAGUCCUAGUACAGCAGCCAUACUACCAAGUAAAUCCGGAUGCCCUGCUUAACCUGCCUGCCGCCCACUCAUCCCUCUGGGACUUGGAGAUCACCAUCUCCUAUAGGGGGAGUGAGAUGCGAAAGACCCAGGUGUCAGGCCCCAGGGUUCAGCUCCACUACCAGUGUAAUGCUCUCGAGCCCAACACCCAGCCCCUCUGCUUCCCCAGCACAUACGGGCUGCCAGACCACAAACAGAUUGAAUACACCAACCGCAUCCUAGGAAGCGUUCAAAGGGGUCUUCUCCUCGAGGUACAAAACACUGGUAUCUAUGGUUACCGGCAGGACAAGUGCCACGUGUUCUCCAGUACUAGCGACCCCAGAGAGGCACACCCUGAACCCAGGAAGAUGCCCCAAAAUGAAAUGGUACAACUGUUGAGCUUCCAGCAGUACAAAAAUGAGCUGAUAGCGUUUAAGGAGAACAAGCGAGGCUCUCCUGACUAUACCAUCCACAUGUGCUUUGGCGAGAAGUUCCCUGACGGAAAACCCCUGGAGAAGAAACUCAUCGUCGUCAAGGUGGUUCCCCUGAUCUGUCGUUACUUCCACGAGGUGGCCCAGGGGGAGGGGGCGUCGUCCCUUCAGAAUGACAACAUCAGCCUGCAGAUCUCCCACCACAACAGCCUGAUGGAGCUCAUCAAUGCCACCUGGCCUGACGGCCCACAGCACGCCAUGGGGCAGUACUUCUAGACCACCAAUUGUACCACAUCACCAGCCCCUAUCUAGAACCGGUACCGCACUACUAUAUCACUUAAUUUAAUCUUCCAGCAGGUGGAUAUAAUGCAACUGUGUAUGACUCAAACUUGUAGAUCUUUGAAAGUCAGACAAAUGUUGGUGUUAGAUCAGGGCUCUCAACAUUGUUCCUGGAGAGCUACAGUCCUAUAGGUUUUCACUCAACCCUAAUCUAGCGCACCAGACUUGAGUAAUUAGCUGGUUGAUAAGCCGACUCAGGUUAGUUACAACUGGAGUUGGAGCGAAAACCUACAGGAUGGUAGCUCUCCAGGAACAGGGUUGGAGAGCCCUGGGUUAGGUUAUUCUGAUCUGUAUCAUUUCUGUCAGUGUCAUGCAGUAGUAUAGGCCGUCCUUCUCUUGACAGGUUAACAGAAUGUGAUGUUUAUAAAUAUUUUAAAUAUACAUCAAAUCACUAUCGCUGCGUGUUUUAAUGUGUUCAUGUAUCAUUUAGUGGUAUUUUCUCUUCUACUGAAUUCCCUUCUGGCCCUAUGGGCCACACUUUAAACCUGUCUAGGUCACUCAACCCUUCUGUUCUCUUUUGUAUUGAAAAAUCUGUUUUAUUGUACUGAAAGUGAGCAAACUUCACCCUGGCAUUGAAAAUCACAUUGUAUUGCAAAACAAGAUCAAUAAACUUUGCCUUGUUUCCUUA